UGAUUUGUUUCGUAAAACAAAAAAUAAGUAAUUAAAAAAUAAUAAUCUUACCAAAACGGGAUCUAAGUCAUAUAAAUAAAUAGGCUGGACCAUCAAAACGAGAAACACAACCGAUCUCACCACAUAUGAUACAAUUAUUCUCGCUUGUAGUGAAAUUAAAAUCUAUACUGUAUUUAGUAACAGGGUCAAUGAACGAAGCAUUUUUAAACGGCAGCAUCAUCAAACUGUGCUACUAGCCGUUCAAAAAAAUCGAACUGUGCUACUAGCUGUUAAAAAUAUCAAACGGUCCUACUAUCACAUAGUGUCCCAAGCCCACUUUCUACUGAACGAACUACGAAGUCUAUUCAUUUUAUUGUAAAUCUUGUCGCGUAUUCAUAUUUAGUGACAGGCCAACGAACGAAGCAUUUUUAAACGAGACAAUAUCACCAAACUAUGUUACCACCACAUGAUGUCCCAAGCCAAUUUUCUACUACACGAACCACGUAGUCUAUACAUUUUGUUGUGAACCCCGCCACACGAACCGUGGUGAAAAAGGCGCCCAACAAAUGAGCAAAACAGCGCAAGUCCGAACAGAUGGCUCCGAACCCGAAUAACGAUUAGGUCUCUUCCGAAAAUUGAUUUCCCGCUCGAGAGAAAGUAGAGAAGAACUACGCCAAUACUCCUUUAAAAAAAAAAACCAGAAAAAAGGCUCGGAGCCAGUAGAUCAUGUCCCGUUUGGGGGAAAUCACGGGGAAAAGUGCGUGAAGCCAUGGACGAUGUUGAUCGAUUGUUUCAGUGCUUCAAAUGCGGCGUCUCUCCUCCUCAAUCAGCUGCUAGAGAAAGAAAAGCAAUCAAACACAAAUUGGAGCAAAUAGAUCCAAGUCCAACAGAAGAGGUGCCUGGAUUUUCCAAUACUCCACUUUCGGGAUCACCCAAAAAAAGACAGCAACCCGCAGCAUAUGUGCAGUUUACUUCAACGACAAAUUACGCAAACGAAUGUAACAAAAGGAAGCAUUUCUCUCCAGUUGUAUUCUAUGGCUCUCCACAUGGUGUGCCUCCAAAAAGACCAGCCAAAUUGUUGCGACUGUUACGUGAAAUACAAGUUGAUCUCUCUGAACAAAUAAAAUUGAGGGAGGAAAUAUGGGCUACAUUCCCUAGGCAAGAUGAAGCAAUGAAGUAUGCAAAAGAGCAUCCACAUGUUCGUGUUUUCAGUUAUCAAGAUCAUAUGAAUGGACAAAGGAGGUUCCUUGUCUCAACAUACGAAGAGUUUUGGCGGAGGUACAAGAACAUGAAUCCUAGAUUCCGCCACCAUUAUGAAGUGAUUCAGGAGGGAUUACCAUGUCACCUCUAUUUCGAUUUGGAGUUCAAUAAGAGAGACAAUACUGAAAAAGAUGGAGAUGAGAUGGUUGAUCUCCUGAUAACUGUAGUCUUUGAUGCCUUAUCUGACAAGUAUGGUAUUCAAGGGGACCAUGACUGGAUUGUAGAACUUGAUUCUUCAACUGAAGCAAAAUUUUCGCGUCACCUAAUUAUCCGCUUACAGAAGACGGCUUUUAAAGACAAUUCACAUGCUGGUGCAUUUAUUGCUGAGAUAUGCUCACGGAUUAAUAAUGAGAAAGGGAGUGAUAGAAGGUUUGAAAAGUUGUUUGUUUCAAAAGACUCGAGUUCUGCUGAUAUCCCUUCCCAGAUUUUUGUUGAUACUGCUGUCUAUUCAAGAAAUCGUUGCUUUCGCUUACCUCUGUCAUCAAAAGCAGGGAAGAAUUCUGUUCUUCUACCUACUGGGCGAUUUAAAUGUAAGAACAUGAGUGAGGAAAAUGUAUUCAUGGCAUCCUUGAUCUGCAACAUGGAUGCUGACUGUAGGAAGCUUCUUAUCUGCAAAAUGGAUUCAGAUUGCGUGAAGGCCCUGCAAUUUGAUACAGAGAUAAACAGCGAGUUCCAAAAGCAAUCGAGUGCCUCACAUGAAUUCAUGUUGAAUUCUUGCACAAGUGAUCUUUCAAGGACUUAUUUGAUCGGGAAAUCACCAUUUCCAACCUUGGACGUGUUUGUGGAAUCUAUUGGCACUAUAGGAAAUGUAUCAGGAAAAAUCCGAAGUUGGUACUGGUUCUCAGAGUAUGGAAUGAUGGUGUACAGCAUGUCAAGAAAUAGAUACUGUGAACGAAUUGGUAGAGAACAUAAAAGCAAUCACGUGAUCUACAUUGUUGACUUAAGAAAGGCUGUUUACUAUCAGAAAUGCCAUGAUCCUGAUUGCAGAGGUUACCGAUCCCCUUCACGUCCAAUCCGCAAAGAUGCAAUUCCCGAUGAUACAAUUCUAUUCAAUUUUGGUUCGCACAACAUAGGAGGUUCCGCAGAUGAGAACCUCGAACAUCAACUUGUUCAAAAUGGGCAGGAGCACAUGAAGUUUUACAGUGACGAAAGCAUCACAGACAGCUGCAGGAAGGAUGGAUGGUGGAUUGAAGCCAUAAGAGCUGCAGAAAAAAUUGAGAAUAUGCCUAGAACACUAGAUCUCACUGAAACGGACAAAAUGCACAGUGGAGACGAGGACUGGUGGAUGGCUGUCGAAAAGACCUUAUCCCAGGCUGAACUAACCCACAUUUUAUAACUUGGACUGUGUAUAACCCUUCGUCCAUCACCGCUGCAGUGGUUUUGCGCUGCUCUUACAUGAUGCCAAGGCAGAAGAACAUGGAAACCUGACAAGCUGAAUGUCGGAUUGUAAUCAGAUAUUGAUACCGGGGCAACGUCAACAGUGAGUCUACGGAUUCCUGGAAAUAAUUCCUUAUUCGAGUCUUCGUAUCUAUGUUUAAUCUGACUUUUUUUCAUCUGUAUCAGGGAAAAUGAAACAAUGUAGUAAGGAUUGUUGUAGAAUGUAGAUCCUGCUGGAGUAUUAACAGUAUCUUUUUUAGAGAAUGUUAAUAAAUUUCAAAAUCCAUUUCGUCGUCCAGUAGCGACAA